GCCACCCCAAAAUCCAUUCGAAAUCAACCCAAAAAUCCCACCAACGACCCCUCUCCCUGAAGCAAAAUUGUGGAAGAACCAAAACUUGGCAACUCCAUCUUGACCUCUGUUUCGCUGAUUAACUUCAAUGGCUUGCGCUUCUCAAGCUCUGAUUUCUGCAAAUACUUGCGCUUUUCCAUCUUCCAGGUUCUUGAAGAAAUUACACAAAGGGAAGGGUAAGGAUGUCCUGUUCACAAUCCGAGCUUCAUCCGCUUCUAAUACUGAAGAAUCUGACUGCAAUGCUGAAGAAUGUGCCCCUGAUAAGGAGGUUGGGAAGGUCAGCAUGGAAUGGGUAGCAGUUGAGAAGACUAAAGUGGUUGGCACAUACCCACCUCGUAAAAAGGGUUGGACCGGCUACGUCGAGAAGGACACUGCAGGACAGACUAACAUAUAUUCGGUGGAGCCAGUAGUCUAUGUAGCAGAAAGUGGAAUCAGCUCAGGGACUGCAGGCACUUCUUCUGAAGGAUCCGAGAAUACAGCAGCAAUUGCUGCCGGCUUGGCUCUCAUCUUUGUUGCUGCUGCUUCUUCGAUACUGAUACAAGUUGGUAAAAACCCCCCUCAAAUGCAAACCUCGGAAUAUUCUGGCCCAUCUCUUAGUUAUUUUGUCAACAAGUUUAAGUCAGCAGAAAUCAUUCAAGCUUCAAUCCCAGCCCAGCCUGAAAAUUCUCCAGCUGUAGUAGAAAGUUCUGCGCCUGAAGUUCCUCAAGUUGAUGUUGAAUCAAAUGGUCAGCCAGAGUCUCCCACUUUGGAUGUAAGCAAUGUGUCUUGAACAAGUAAAAAUGAGACUUGGUUAGGUUUGUAUCAUUCAGGGAUUUUGUAUACCAUUAACACAUGCCUCUUUAUAUGAGAAUAUACAUGAUUUGCCGCAAUGAUAUGUUGACUCUCUAAAAGCAUUACAGACUCCUUUCUUAAAA